AUGAACCGGAUGCUUGAUCCUCCCUUGCGAAAUCCGUUUCAUGGGCCGUCCGUUGGCGACCUCUCCGCGAAAUCGAGGACCAUACCGCUCAUCUCCUCCACCGCUCCGGCGAACGAGUCUAUCAGCCCGGGUGACCCAAUGGAUAUGAGCCCGUCGACGUCGACCUCAAUGGCUCCGCCGCUGCAGAACGGCCCGGAGGUAGACAGCGUCAAUUCCAAUGCGAACCACACGAACGGCACGGCCAUGGAGUCGAUGCAGUCGCAAAGCUCGAACGCGAACCACCCAAUUGGCGCGGCAGCAGCUGGACAGCAGCCCAAGGUUGUUCAGACGGCCUUCAUUCACAAGCUAUACAGUAUGCUUCAGGAUCCCAGCAUCCAGCAUUUAAUAUCUUGGUCAAGCUCGAAUGAGAGCUUCGUCAUGUCUCCUUCGUCAGACUUCUCAAAAGUUCUAUCGCAAUAUUUCAAGCAUACCAACAUUUCCUCCUUUGUUCGGCAAUUAAACAUGUACGGCUUCCACAAAGUGAGCGACGUCUUCCACACGGGAUCUCCCGACUCGCCGAUGUGGGAAUUCAGGCACGGAAACGGCAGCUUCCGAAAGGGAGACGUUGCUGGACUGCGAGAUAUCAAGCGGAGAGCUUCCAGACACGCUCUAAUCCACCGAGACUCAUUUUCGGCCCAUAAGCCGAACCCGUCACAGCCAGGAACGCCCGCAGAGCCCACCGUGGACGGUCAGGAUCCAAGAAUGGCCACUUUGGAACAAUCCUUGUAUGACAUGCAUAACCGGCUAUCGCGUAUGGAGGAUCAGAACGCGCUUCUAAGCUCGCACUGCCAUGUACUUACCGAGGGCCUGGCCAGGUGCCAUCAGUGGACAAGUUCGAUGUCGUCAUUUAUCGUCUCGUUGGUUCCUGAUACCGAAAACAGUAUUCAUAGAGAUGCCGCCAACAUGCAGCGCGAAAUCACUCGACAACUAGACUACAUCCGUACCCUAGAAAACCCUCAGGAUGCCAUGGUGUCAGGAAGGCAAACAUACUUCUCCAACAUGUCACUCGACCCCGGUCCUCCUCCACUCUCCCCUCGCCAGGUAUGCCAGGAUGACGGCAGACGUCCCUCCGGAAUACGCCAUCCCUUACCACCUCAUAUCACCAUCUCACCUCAUCGCCAUGGCUCUAUCGGCGGUACAAAUCCGGCACCAGUAUACAACAAACCCCAGAUCCCACAGCAAUCAAGCCUCCAUCCUCUAACAUCAGUCUCUUCUCCUCCUGGCCUCAAUCUAGCUCGCCGCCACACCUCAGCCGACAUCAGACAGCACGGUUGGCCCCCAUCAGCCGGACCUUCGCCCAACUCCCAAUAUGGGCCCACCACCUCCAUCCAAUGGCCCUCCUCACCAAGUCGCAACCCCAAUUCCUCUGACCAGCACGUCCGCGAUGCCCUAGCACGAUACGAGCUCGGUGGACCACGACGACAGCAAGAACCGCCUCGACACGCUACGCCACCACUACUCCUAGACCCAUCCCAGCCAGACAAUGGCUGGUCGAUAGGAGGACCCAAGUUUCCCCGCCCAGUAGAGUCACUGCCAGCAACACGCCGAUCUAGUAUGGCGAGUAACGUACACUCACUGCUGAACCCAUCAUCUGCCGCCGAACGAAUCGAGGAGAACGAUGGGCCUCUGGGAGAAGACCGGAAACGUAAAAGGCUUCAAUGA